CACAUCCCUUAAAUCACCAUUGUAUACUGAUCACAACAUGCCUGCUCAAUCAGAAUAUCCCAUAGAGAUUACAUCACAAGAUCCAGUAACCACGGAAACGAGCAACAUCAUUGGUCCGCCAAUUGAACAUAGAACAGUUAUUGGAGUAGAAAAUGACUAUAGUGUUGUUGAAGGCAUUGCAAUUGCUGGUUUGGUUGUAGCUGUAGCUGUAGCUGUAGCUGCUGUUCUUGGUAUAUUUAUUAUUGGUUAUUUCUGUGUGGCAAGGGUUGGAAAGUCUGAACAUGGCAUCUGUUGCCGACGAGGACGCAUACAUGUCAGUACACGACAAACUGAAGAAGGCAUGAAGUCCCCAGCAACCACAAGUCCCGUGGUUCCAAUCGUUCCAGUAACACCCGGGGUCACUCCCGUAGUCACACCCACAACCAUCGAUUCUGAAAACACUAAAAACAUUCAACAAGAGACACCAUUGAGGCGAGAGAAACCACCAGUGCCACAGAAACCCAAGAAUUAUGCUGCUUCUAUCAAUGACAGGUGGGCAGUUAAUGAUCAGAGAGCGUCCUCACUGUCACAGAACAGGCGAUCACAACCACAUGAAAGUUUUAAAGAUGUUAGUGGGGAACUUAAAUAUAUGUUUAUUCACAGUAAUGGCAGUCAUACACAGCAACAAGGUAUUGGACCAACAAGAGGUGGUAAAGUAGCACACGUAUGAGAUCAGAAAUAAACACAAUGCUGACAUGAUGAAAUCUGGAAGAUGUAAAUAAUGUUCAACACUGCCAACUUGUUAUUUUUGUCUGUCAAUGUUUGCAAUUAAUAAAUCAUCAUCAAGAGGAUGAGCAGUUAAUAUUCAGCCAUGACUAGACUUAAUAUCAGACAGCUGAUAAGUACUGGUACGAGUUGAUUGUAAUUAUGACAAAAAUGUACAAGAUUGAUUGUGGUGUCUGGUACAAAUGUGUUUUCUCAUCACGAUUACGAGUAUGGAGCGCUUCGUGUUAUGUGUGAUGCUGAAGAAUAAACAUGAGGUGUUUGUUAUUUGAACAGAUUUCUAUGUGAAAGAACAUAAAGAAAGUUAUAACACUGAACAUGUAUGAUAUAAUAUAUUUCAUAAUAUUGGUCCCACUCGCAGUAUGUAAAGACUUUUACGACAAAACAUAUGAAGUAAAGUGACAUGAAUUAUGUGAACAUAUUCUUUCCAGUCACAGCAUGUAUGAAAACUUUUAUAUUCAA